AUGGAGCCCCUCAUUAGUCACCGACAUGUGCAAAAGGGUGUCAACGAAGGAAUGUCGACAAUUUCAGGAUUGAGAGAGAAAUGUGGAAAGAGAUUCUGUGCACGAAGGACAAAGGUUGCAACUGGUGAUGGGGCGUGUUUCUUGUACUCAAUGAGCAGCAACCUUUAUCUGCGACUGGAUCACGUGCCGGCAAAGCAACAACAGAGCAUGGGAGGAUGUUUUGACUUUGGAAGAUGGAUCAUCAACAAUCGUGGCGAUUGGAUACGUUGGCAUUUGGUGCCUGGCAACAUGGAUAUUGUGCGUUGCAACAAGCAUGAUACGUGA